ACUCACUCUAAAAUCUCGCGAUAUCCCUCUUCGAUUAACAACAACACAUCUCUGACCCACCAACCGGAGCACCGCUCGCCAGUCACUACCUCCACACUCACCAUUGCCGCCAACUCUCCUCACAAGCAGUCUCGCAAAAUGCCUAAAGGAAUGAAGCGACUCCUGGGCAAGCUCGGCCGCAACGACAAAGCUCCAACUACGCUCCCACCUCGCUCCGAGUAUCUCAACCUCGUCCUACAAGCCUCGCACUCAACCCCCAAGGAGAUAAAGAAGGCCAAGGGUGUCUGCUCGAAAUGCCACUCCAUUGGGCCGGGAGAAGGCGCCAUGGCGCUCGUGAGAACCAUGGCCUGUUGCAAGCGCAUGCUCCACUACUCAUGCCUCGUUGACUGGAUGCUCCAAACCACCACCGAAGAAGAUGGCAAGCAGUUCUUCAAGAACACCUGUCCAGCGUGCGACGAAGAAGUUUACCAGAAGAUGGAGGUCCCGCCGCCACCUCCUCCGCCCUCUCCUCCAGUAAGCUACGUCCCGCGGGCCUUCGCCUUACCGGAGGAAUCCCACCAGUCCAUCCUCAGCUUCGCUAACCCCGCUCUCCCCAUCCAGAGACGUUAUUCCGGCGGCUUCAUACCCCCUAACAGCUCGAAUGAGGAGUAUGACCCCGCUGCCUUCGAGGACGCCAUGGUUCUCGCCCCCGAAAACCCUCGAGUGACCUUCUCAAUCCCACCUGAGGACCUCGUUCGCGUCCAUAGGGAUCGCUUCGUAAGAAUCGAGAACUAUCUCCUAGGCAUGAAGCCGCUCAUGCUUAUAAACUUCUGGGAGUACAUGGAGUACAGGGUGCACAAGCUGAACGGCUUAGUGAUGACUUGCUCGGAGCUUAUCAGCAGGCUCGAACGCCAUAUGGAUGAGGCGUUGACAAGAGUCAUCAAUAGGCAAUAUGAGGAUCCGGAUGAGGCGAAGGGGCUUCAUGACUUCCUUUUUGAGAUGACGAACGAGGAUAUUGUUCGCGGUAUCGUGAUGAAUGUGGCGUCUCAGACGGAUCUGCCGGGCGUCGAGGAUGAGAUCUCUCUUGACUUAUAG